AUUUCAACUUGCUUAUGCUUUUGGGGUAAAAUAUUGGAAAGAGAAGGACGAUUCCAAGACUUGCUCCACUGUUACGAACAAGCUCUGGAAGUUUAUCCAAUUGACCAUGAGCUUCUCAAUAACCUCGGAGCCCAUCUCUUCAGCUAUUUGUAAAUCGUGGCUCAAUGUCCUCUCAGCAUUUUGGGCAACUAAGAAGUUACGUAGGCACAUGCAUAAUACAAUAUGUGCCUUCGAGAGCCUCACUGCCGGGCUCAAGCCAGCCUUUGUGUGGGAUUUUUUCCGCACAGAAAGAGCAGAACUCGAAGGGGCUGUUGCUGCUUUAGUAGAGAAAGGAUUUGUCCACUCUAAUACAACAGUACUCAUCUUGGAUGAUGGGGAAUUCAUUGUGGCCUGCACAAAUACUCUUCAUGGGAGUCUGGGACGAAAAAUAGAAGUAGUGGAUGUCAGCAAAUGCUUUGACCCUCCUAGAGUUGUUCAAAGGGCCAAAGAUAUUGCGGCCAUGGUUGCGUCCGUGAGAACCACUCUCGACUCUCACUCUGGGGUUUUAAGUUUAGACCCGGAAUGGAGUGUCCCAACACUUACAGGAUUGCUACUUGGUUAUCCUGUUCUGUACUGGCUACAACCCAAAGCAGACCAUGGAUUGGCAAACAUUUCCUUGAUCAACGUAAAAGUUGAAGGGCGGCACAGGGUCUUGGAAAAAAAUUGCGUCUUAUCUUCUUUUAGUGUGCCGGAAAUGUUUUUUGGUGAUUUUAAGUCUAUGAUUCAGGAUUGGUUUUGCUCCAAUUUUGAGAAAGUCGAUCAGUCAAUCUUUCGACAAAUAUCUUUUGCCACUUCUGUUGCCACGCAGUCGAAUAUUGUGCUGUAGGCAAAUUAAUUUCAUGAAUGGGCCACUUGGUGGAGGCAAAAGAGUUUUUUGAGAAGGCCCUCAGUGCCAAAGAAGACUACUUGCCAGCAGCUCACAAUCUGGAAAACUUAGCGUCUGCAAUGGUGGAACGUUGGCACUUCCGAAUGCUCAACGACACAGUCAGAAACGAGUCCUAUCGAGAAGCAAUCUUUAAAAAAAUUCGGCAAGGAUUUUCGACCAUACUUGACUUAGGCACAGGCACUUCCCUUUUAAGUCUCUAUGCAAUGCAAGGAGGGGCAAAGAAAAUUUUUGCCUGUGAAAACUCGCCUGCCAUGAUUGAAAUAGCAAAAGAUGUGAUAAAAUAUAACGACUCCAAAACUCUCAUACAGCUUAUACCCCUGUCCUCAACUGAUCUCCAAAUUCCGCAAAAUUUGCCCUCUAGGGUAUCAUUGCUUGUGACCGAGACUAUGGACGCAGGAGUUUUUGGCGAAAACAUACUGCAGUCGCUGAUAGAUGCCUGGGACAGACUCCUUCUGCCUCCGACAAAAUAUUUCACUGCUCCUAAAGCAAGCUCACGGAACGGAAUUGUUGUUCCCUUUGGAGCAACAAUUUUUGUUGCCGGUGUACAGUGUCCGUUCAUUGCCAAUUCCAGCCAUGUCCUACCUGGAAAAUGUGAGAUUCUAGAAGCUUUGCCGUUUAAAGUGAUUGCGUCGUCUGCACUUGAAAACGGAGAGUACAGUUCUGAAGAUUUAACAAGGUUACCUGGAGGGUUUAAAUUGCUAACAGAACCUGUAGAAGUUCUCAAAGUGAACUUCAAUGACCCUGACGACUUAAAAAAGCACCUAAACGGUGAACGUGAUAAGACGGUUGAUUUGAUGUGCAGCGAACCAGGUGUCAUAGAUGCCUUCGUUUCCUGGUUUGUCUUGCAACUCGACGAAGAUUUGAAAAUAUCUACCAAGCCGUGCCAACAGUCUUGCUGGGAGCAGGCUGUUUUCGCAACAAGGAUCCCAUUAGUGGUGGAAUCAAACCAGAAGGUCAAAAUAUGCAUAAGUUCGGCAAAGGGUGUGUUGAAUGUCCAGCUCGAUGCUAAAGAUAUAGAGAUCGAUUCCUAUUGCUUGCUCGAACCAGAUGCCAUUCGUUUUUUAAAUGACAGAGCCUGGAUAAGCGCAAUGCAUAGCGUGGCAAAUAACAUGAAAGCGACUGAAAAUUCCAAUGUCUUGGAUCUGAGUCCUUUUCCAUAUUUAGGUCUGUUGAUGCUGAAAAAGGGAGUGUGCAAAAGUUUGACCACCUUGUUAAAAAUGGAAGAUGCUUGUAAAGACGUGUUUGGUACAAUUGGGACUUUACGGUUUAUUCAGGAUAUAGAGGAGCUCAACGGAGACCAAAUCUUUGACGUUGUGAUCCUAAGCCCGUGCAGUCAACAUGGAGAAAUAGAUCAAGAAGCUAUGCACAUGUUUGGGAAUCUACGGAAUCACAUGACUGAAAAUUGCAUUUUACUACCAGAGAAGAUCACUGUGGUUGGUCAAUUAUGGGAGUCGCAAUGGUUAAACUCAAUGUCGAGGCUCACCUCAGAUGAAAAUGUCACAAAUUUUCGAAUUUCGGAGUUUGUCAACAAAUAUAAGCUCAAGAAACACCUAGAUUUGAGUAUUCAAAACGUUCAAUACAUUCCUCUUAGUGAACCUCAACAAUUCCAUUCUUUUGAAUUGUGCCAGCUACCUGACAGUCUAACUUGUGUGGACGUCAAAGUGCUUAAGCAAGGUACAGUUGAUGCCUUGGCAUACUGGUUCGAGUUUGAUUUUGGAGGCACAAUUCAUGUGACAACAAACCGACCCGAUUCUCAUUUACUUCAAGCAGCAUAUCUUUUUCAUGAAAGUAAAACUGUUUCAGAAGGUGAUACUGUUGUCUCAAAAGUUAUCACCCAGUCUGGAAUUCUAGACAUUUGCCCACGGUCGAGUUGAAUUUAAAAUGAUUUUUCAAAUAAAGAAAUUUUAAAAAGUAAUA